AUGGGUAAAUGGUGUUGGAGGAUGAUGGUUGACAAAGAGGGAUUGUGGUACCGAGUUUUAAAAGCUCGUUAUGGUGAGGAGGGGGGUCGGUUGAAAAAGGGAGAUAGGCAUAGUUCGGCUUGGUGGCAGUCUUUGUGUAGGAUCUGUGAAUGGGUUGGUGAGGGAGUUGGUAGAUGGUUUGAUAGUAAUAUACGGAGGGUGGUUGGAGAUGGGAGGGGUACUUACUUCUGGCAUGACAUCUGGGUUGGGGAAGUUCCUUUGAAAAUUAAAUUUCCCCGCCUUUUUGACUUGUCUGUAGACAAUGAGUGUUCGGUGGAGAAGAUGUGGAGGAUUAUAGGGGCGGCUGAAGGGAGGGAGAGGUUGUGGCGUCGACGUUUGUUUGCAUGGGAGGAGGAGAGCGUGAGGGAGUGUUCUAUGUUACUUCAUAACAUUGUGUUUCAGGAAACUGUAGAGGACACUUGGACGUGGCUGUUAGAUCAUAUGCAUGGAUAUUCGGUUCGGGGGGCUUACCGCUUCCUUAAUACCACGACUGAGUUGGGGGAUAGCCACCAGGCUGUCAACAUUUGGCAUCAGCAGAUUCCUUCUAAGGUGUCGGUGUUUGUGUGGCGCCUUCUUCGUAAUAGACUUCCAACUAAGGAUAAUUUUGUACGGCGGAGGGUCAUUUCUCAUGAGGAUGCGAUUUGUGUAUCUGGUUGCGGGAGUCAAGAGACAUCAAAUCAUUUAUUUUUGGGAUGUGACAUCUUCGGUUCACUUUGGUCUCAGAUCUACACAUAUGUUCUUUAG